UCUGAGCGAGUCCGCUGGAGUCCUAAACCAAAUCUACCGAUAUCUGUCAUUACAGCAGAAUCGAUCUAGACGCGGGGGCAGACCGACCAGCUCAACUCUUCGAGGGGACGCAUUGUAAGACGGUCCAGGCCUGUAGCACGACAGAUACUUGAACCUUUGGCUUCCACUCAUUGUAUCCUUGAACCGCUUCACAUCCCACUCGGUGCUUCUUGGUACCUCAAUAUGGCGGAAUACGACAAUGUCCCCUCCAGAGCAAGCGUCAAAGUCGACAAGUUCGAAUUGUCCAUCCCCGACGAGCAGAUUUCGGAUCUCAAGACUCUGCUCCGCUUGUCCCCUCUUGCCCCAGAGACUUAUGAGAAUCUGCACACCGACGACGGUAAAUUUGGAGUCAGUUAUGAAUGGAUGAAGAAGGCCAAGGAACACUGGCUGAACAAAUAUGACUGGCGUAAAGUGGAGACGUACAACAACUCCUUUCCGAACUAUAUCGCUCACGUCAAAGACGACGACGGUGAGACGUAUCGUAUGCACUUUGCCGCGCUCUUCUCGAAACAGGAAAAUGCAAUUCCGAUACUGUAUAUGCACGGUUGGCCCGGGAGUCACUUUGAAUUUCUGGAUAUCUUGAACUUGUACCGCAAGAAAUAUUCGCCGGAAGAGCUGCCUUACCACGUCAUAGCCGCUACACUGCCGGGGUGGACGCUCAGUUCGGGCCCUCCCCUGACAAGGGACUUCGACACGCUGGACGUCGCGCGCCUCAUGAACAAGUUGAUGCACGGCCUCGGGUUCGGGUCAGGCUACGUGAUCCAAGGGGGCGACAUUGGCUCCUUCACGGGCAAGGUCAUGAUUGGAGUGUACGAUGAAUGCAAAGCUGCUCACUUCAACUUUGCCGCGCAAAACGAGAUGCCGCCGGGUGUGGACGAGAGUCAAUUCACCGAGGCCGAGAAACAUGCCAUGGAGACCCGGGCAAAGGCUUUCUAUACCACUGGAAUUGGGUACGCAAAGGAACAUGGGACGAGGCCAGCGACGAUCGGGUUUGCUCUGUCGGCCAGUCCUCUUUCGCUUCUUGCCUGGAUCGGCGAGAAAUUCAUCGAGUGGACCGACGUGACUCCUCCUCUUGAUCAGAUCCUCGAUUCGAUAUCACUAUACUGGUUCACACAAUCCUUUGCACGUUGCAUUUAUACUUAUCGAGAGUACUCCGCCGUACCAGGUGGCCGCGUAUUGCCGCACAGCGAUCCUAAAUACAACAAUCGUAAACCCAUCGCGUGGUCAUGGUACCCGAAAGAGGUUUUUCCGGUGCCCAAAGCUUGGGCGGUUGCGCAGGAUAUGAAUCUUGUGCUUUUCAGACAGCACGAAGUGGGAGGCCACUUUGCUGUGAUGGAGCAACCUGAAGAAAUGAUGCAAGACAUGGAGGAUUUUCUGCAAAAGAUCGGAUGGCCCUUGAAGUGAGAGAGAGAGAUAGAGAGCGCGUCGCGAGGAAUGGAGAGAGAGAGAUAUGUCACGCACCCGGGCACAUGCUCUCA